GGAAAGCCGAACAGUUUUUUAGUAAUGGCGCAACUUUAAGCUGUCAAAAGUGUUGAGUAACUCACUACAAUAAAAAAUAGCAAAAAUGGCAGACGAUUUAAAUAAUACAUUUGGUUUUGAGUUGUUAAAUAAACUAUACGAUACACAAGUUACAAAAAAGGAAGAUAUUCUUAUUUUAUUUGUGCACUGGUAUUGCAUUAAAAAUGGCUUCAGAUGCAUCGGCUUAGGUGACUCAAAGACACGUGAUCCUGCUGAAAAAGGUUCUGAAUUGUUACCUGAAGGUUGGAAUCAGCAACCAAAUUAUACACUUCGAUAUGUCUUUAAGGAUAAACUCUACAUUUUGCUUGGAACAAAAUCCGAUACAGAUUUUUUGUUGAAUUUAUUGAGGGUAGAAGGAAAUGAAGCAUCGUGCAUUCAAUUUUCGAUUGAAACAACUGUAAAUAGUCUACAUGGAUCUCUGGAAACUUUGAUGCCAACAUAUCAAACAGCAUUAAAUACAAUUGAAAAUGAUCUUAUAGCUCCAAUUUAUAGGAGCAGAAAUGAAAAUUCUACUCAAACUUCUCAGUCAACAAGUCAAGAACGAAAUAUUCUUGAUCAGCCUCUUCGUCAGCCGGUACUUCCUCCUGUUUUUCCAGAAUGGGUACCUGCUGAUAGAGGUCCGAGAAAUGUUGGUGGACAAGAUCUAGAUCCUCUUGGAAUAAGAGGAGGAGGAGGAAUGAUAUUUGAUCCAUUACAUACACGUCCAUCUCUACUUAGAGAACCUGGAGGCUUAGGUGUUCCUGGAAGAUUACCUCCCGGAGCUGUGCCACCUGGAGCAAGAUUCGAUCCGUUUGGACCACCAGAUAUUCUUCGUCCAAGACCACCACGAGGAAAUCCUGACAGCGAUCAUCUUCCUCCUCCUGGCUACGAUGACAUGUUCAUGUAAAGUCAACAAUUAUUUUUUACGCAUUACAAAUAAAAAUUACUAUUUUUACCAAUA